AUGGACGAGGUCGCAGUGUUUUUGGAAAUCAGGCAGAGGACGCAGAGUGGGCUGCUGAUUAUCCGGUAUUUAUUUUAACUCUUUCCAACGCCCCCAUCCCGUUUUAAGAGAAGUGCACAAAUACAUGUGUACCGGGAUCUAUUUUGCGAUAGCCUCCUUUUCUCCCAGGCAAUUCAAGGCAGCCGCCGUAGGGUGUCUGUGCAAUCUCCUAUCCAGACACCGAUUAGAUCUAGGUUAGUUUCGGCCGCAGUGGCAAUGGGUGGGGAUCAAAGGUACCGGUACUUCACCUCCUUCUCUCCCAGCCCGCUUUCCCCCUUCCUUCAGCUGGGUAAACCUCCCCUCCUCUGCCUCUACGACGAUGAGGUUGAUUGGCCCCAUACUGAUGUUAUGCUUUCCCCUUCAGAAUUGUGGUAGGGAAAGUGUAACAAUUUUCACUCCUUGCAGCCCGCUUUGUGCUGAUCAGCUGACUGGGGAACAGCUGAGAGUGGUUAAAAAGGACGCUGGACUGCAGAAAGGGGCACUGCUCUGCAGAAAGGUUGGGAUAUGAAUUUAAUUAAUAAUAAAUAUUUAUCAAUGUGCCUCCCCUUUCUUCCUGCUGCUUGGCUGGCCAGUGGGAAGAUAGUUGUGGGUCAUGUCAGGUUAGGCAGUGGGCUUGAAGCUGCCCAUGGAGUGCAGAUUGCACAUUUCUGAACAAGAAAUAAGGGAGAAAGGCAUGUUUUCUUAAGUAUGUCUGUUGACCAUAGACUGUGCCUAUUUCCCAGAUAAUGUACAUAAUGCAGUCAAGAUAUGUACCUUUCCUAAGACCUGUUGGGGAUUAUGCAUUUUGCCUGGGAAAUGUGAAUAAUUCCCACUUCGUGAGAGGAUUAUGUGCACAUUGUCCAUGAGGCCUAGUGAAUGCAGCAUGGUCAGCUAUUGUGCUCAUUAAUCACUCAAUUUAUAUUCCCCUUAAUAUAUACUGUGCUUCCCAAUUCAGGACUGCCCUUCAUAUAUCUGAUGAUAUAGUCUCCAACCCAUGCACAUUUAAGACACAAAGCUCUGUAAAUUUUAAGGUGCAAGUUGUACUACAACACAGUGGUACCUCGGGUUACAGACACUUUGGGUUACGCAUUUUCAGGUUACGGACGCGCUGACCCGGAAGUACCAGAACAUGUUACUUCUGGGUUUCAGCGCAUGCGCAGAAGCACUAAAUCACACUUUGCGCAUGCGCAGAAGCGCCGAAUCACAUCAUGCGCGUGCGCAAAUGCAGCGCUGCGGGUUACAAACGUGCCUCCAGCACAGAUCAUGUUCGCAACCUGAGGUUCCACUGUAAACUAAUCUGGCUACUCCUCUAGAAUUUGCCAUGUGGGUUUUAGAGACUUUAUUGCAAGGUCAGGAAGUUCAUGAUAUCAGAAUACUAGGGAAACUACAUUAAGACAAGUUUAGGUUUGUGGUGUAAACAUCUUCUUUGGUGAUGUCAUAUGCUGGGCUCAUGUGGAACCCUGGUUCAGAAAUUCUCCAAGAGUUUGGUAAACAGACCUUCAUUGGCACAGUGGCCCUGAUCAGAUGGAGCACCCGUGUGGCUUCAACAGGAAGAGAACUUUUGAGGACAACAGCUCACUGGGCAUCCAGCUUCCUUAUGAUCAGCUUCCCAGCCUGGACGUCAGUUAGGUGUGACCCCUGUCUGCACACCACCUCCUUUUGAAACCUGGAUCCUCAAACUCCUUCCAUUAGUUUUUCUCUCUCUCUGGCUCAACCAGGACUCAAGAUAGUCCCUGUGUGGCUAGCCAUCUCCCUUUGUAGGAAAUUUUGAUGGCCCAUCAAGGUAGGCAGUUGUGUCUGUUUUCUUUCUGACUUGUCAGGGCACCCUGCAGGUAGGGGAAGCUGCAAGUCUUUUCUGCCCUCAGGCUCUCCUCCCAGCUACUUCUGCUAGCAAGCCUUGUGAAACUGAUAUGGCAUCACAGAAGGUAUGUGGCACAUUAUGUGGCCAUAAUGAGUUUUUAGUGGCACUCUGUCCACACAUACACACAAAUAGCGAGUGACUAAAGUGCUCUUACGUGCAGGCAAUAGGAAUCCGAGAUAAGUGUUCUCAGUAGUGCGGUGUCUCACUGAUAUGUAAUUGCUUCUUAAUAUUUAUCGUUCAGACCUCUGGUUAAGACAAUUGUUAUUCUCCCAGGCAUUUUAAUGAGUUGCAUUUAAUGGAACCCAAGGGUAUGUUAAACAAUAGAAAUUGAAUUUUUCACUUUGCUGUUCAAAUCAAUUGUUAUUUAAUUGUGUGUGUGGCUGGUUUUUCAUUGUUUGGUGAUUUAUUAUAUAUUUGGGGAUAUUCAGUGGCGUUUGUCUGCCAGCAGGAUGGGCAUCAUCUGCAGAACAGAUUCCCCCUCCCCUCUGCUUGCCCCUCAAAUGUCCUCUGGGAACACCCUGAAGCAGAUUUGAGAGUGGCAUGGCCUGGAGGUGGGGUUAGAAGAGGAAGGGGCAGUCUGCCCAGUUAAUGUUAGACAUUGUCUGUGGUUGCUUUCUUCUUUUUAAUUUGCAUUGUGUACAUUUAUGUAAGGCAUAUAAAAAAACCAGGCUUUCCCAGGCCUAUCAGUUUGUCCUUGAAAAUCUGCUUUGAGUGGAAAAUAAUCGGUCUCUCUUAAUCAUCUUCAGCCAACUAAAGCCAGAAAGCUGGCCCAUGGAUAUUACCGUGAUGCCGUCCUUGGUAGAGCUAAAAAAUGAUGAACACUGCAAGACCAUCAACCUUCCACCAGAGGUCAGGAUUGUUCCUUCUUCCUGUCGAGGACUGCAGUAUGUGCUUGGGGAUGGCUUACAUAUGAGACUGCUAGUUCAAGCAGGUGUCAAUAAUACAAGUAAGAGUGACUUAUAUAUGUAUUUUUAUCACCAGCGUUUUGCCUAAAGUUGUAAAGCAAGUAGAUCAAACUGUGAAGGAUUAAGUAUGUUUUCAAGAAAAACGGCAAUUGAACCAAAAAAGAAAUGUCAGAUGUGGGGAUGGUUUAACUUUUAGCUGUGAGAUUUGCCUGAACUGACUUCACAAUGUGGGCAGAUUCCCUUUUUUUCUUUCGUUAACUCCAGCUUGGAUUUAACUGGAUUUAUUCCCUUUGCUGUGUCCUAAUGAAAACAAAAGUUAGUAACAAACCUCCCUUCACAGGCAGAAUGAAUGCAUGGCAAAGUAGCAUUGCAAGAUUAAAAUAAGAAUUUUCUAUUAGCUUGCCUAGUUUUUUGAGUCUUUUUGAGAUGUAAGUCUGCACUCAGAUUGUGUGUUUCGCUAAGUUGAACAGAAUGCUGUUUCUGAAAUUUUGUCAGUUCACAAUGCCCCAUGUCUUUGAAUUAUUUUUAUUUUCCUUCAGUAAUGUUGGCUACAGUACAUUCCCAUAGUUAAGUUUAGCUUAGUCCCACUGAAAUCCAUGGGAUUUAGGCUGAAAUUCUAUACCCACCUAUCUAGGAGUAAGUCUCCCUUAAAUGAAUAGGAUGUACUGUAAGUAAGCGUAUUCAGCUUUGGAAUGUUACUUUCAUGUAAGUGUGGAUUUUGCAUUGCUGAUAUAAUUUUGUGGUGGUAGCCGUUGCAUAUUGAAUAUUAUUGGGAACUAUUUUAAUUUUUACAUUUUUUAAUCCAUGUACAUUUAGAAGCCUUCCUGGUAUGACUAAAAAUAUGUUAUGUUGCUGUUUGACUGGAGUGGCGCUUAUUUUUACAGCUUCCUGGGGUGGCAGAUUACUUCUGACAGUGUGUGUAUAAGACGCCCCCAUGUAUAAGAUGCCCCCUAUUUUUAGGGACUCCGAUUUAAAAAAUAGGGGAUAGAUUGCCCCGUGUAUAAGACGACCCACAGUUUUUCACAUAAUUUUAAAGUAAAAAAAAACCCCUAGUCUUAGACACAGAAAAAUACAGUAUCUUGUUAGUUGGUUGUAUAUUAGUGGGAUAUGUUUUGAGUAGCUUCCAUUUUAACAAGGCCCACAAAAAUAAUCCUGGUGACCCACAUACGUGGGGUAGAUAACAAAAGAACUGGCUGGGUGUCUGGAUUCAAAACGCAGGGCUAAACUUGCUCUCCAGCAGGAGAGAGCCCCAGUAGCAAAGUUUACUUUUACAAAAGUCAAGCAGCUGCAUGUUGCGGAAUAUAGGUUAGACCCUUUUAUCCCAUUUAGUCCACUUGUAAACAACACUCCUCUCUUUCUACUCCACUUUCAAUGAACAGACUACACACUGUUAAGUAAGUUUAAAAUGCUUUACUUACAAAAUGUUCCAAAUAUCAGAUUCAUGUAUUUAUCUAAGCAGCAGUAAGGAACACAGACAGAAUGCUCUUGGGUAGAAAAUACAGAAAGGUAUUUUACUGUAGCUGAAUGCGUGGACAACAAGCCAGAUCUGAACAUAAGAAACCUGCUGGAUCAGGACAAGGAUCCAUCUUGUUCCAGCACCCUGUUCUUAUAGUAGCCUAGCAGAUGCUCACAAGCAGAACCUGAGUGCCAGCAUUCACCGCCCCCCCACACGCCCUGUGAUUCUCAGCAACUGGCAUUCAGAGGCAUGCCACCUCCGACACUGAAGGUGGAAAGUAGCCACUGUGGCUAGUAGCCAUCGGUGGCCUUAUCCUCAAUGAACUUAUACAGUCCUCUUUUAAAACCAUCCAAAGUGGUGGCCAUCACUACCUCUUGUGGGAGCGAAUUCCAUGGUUCUGCUAUGCGCCUUUCUUUUAUGAGUGCUUUCUUUUGUCUGUCCUGAGUCUUCAAGCAUGCAGCUACAGGAGCCCAGGUUCUAGGUUUAUGAGAGAAGAAGAAAAACUUUUCUCUGUCCACUUUCUCUGCACCAUGCAUAAUUUUAUCGUGUCUUCUCUUACUCGCCUUUCCUCUAAACUACAAAGCUCCAGAUGUCGUAAUCUGGUUCAUCCCUGCUACAAGCUUGCUGGGCUAUUAACCUUGUCAUUUUCAACCCACUAUGUGUUAUAUGACAAUAAUAAUAUGUGCCCACCAUACAUUGUACCAUGUAUGAUAGGUUUGAACUACAGUGGUACCUCGGGUUAAGUACUUAAUUCAUUCUGGAGGUCUGUUCUUAACCUGAAACUGUUCUUAACCUGAAGCACCACUUUAGCUAAUGGGGCCUCCUGCUGCCACUGCGCCGCCGGAGCCCGAUUUCUGUUCUUAUCCUGAAGCAAAGUUCUUAACCUGAAGCACUAUUUCUGGGUUAGAGGAGUGUGUAACCUGAAGCGUAUGUAACCUGAAGAAUAUGUAACCCGAGGUAUCACUGCACUUGAAAUGUGGUAUAUUUUUCCUUCUGCAUCCUGCAGUUUCUAAAUGUCUUCUGGGGUGAAUCCGGAUGGUAAUAUUGCUUGCUUUUUAAUGCUUAUGUGGAUUGCAUUAUUCAAUAUUCUUUCAGAACUGGUACCAGCUCUGGGUGACAUCCUUAAAACCAAAAAGAGUUGUACCUUUUACUGCCAGUCUUGCCGCGAGAGCGUAAUAAACAACCGGUAAGUGAUGUACUCCCAUUACACUUUGCCUCUGGAUUAAUGGGUUUGCAUAGAGCUUAAACGAACAAGUGAAGACUUCUAGAGAACACUAGUUUGUACUGAUCAGGACAGGAAAACAUGUAGCUGUAGUGGUAAAAUAAAUUAUUGGAUUAGGUUGUUAGGCCAGGGGUGGGGAACUUCAGCCUCUCUUUCUCUGGCUCCUGGAUCCCUCCCCACAUCCCACUGGCCCCAUUUUGCACUCCAAAUCUUUGCCUGAGUAGAAUGUGUCUUUGAAUUCUGAUAGUGCCUGUUACAUGUCUGCAUAGACCAGGGUUUCCAGUUUUUUGGGACUACAACUCCCAUCAUCCCUAACUAACAGGCCAGCGGUCAGGGAUGAUGGGAAUUGUAGUCCAACAACAGCUGGAGACCCAAGUUUGGGAAACCCUGACAUAGACGAUAGAGAGGGUGGAUGGACAAUUGAGACUAGCCAAAUUUACAAAGGUAAAAUUUAUAUUCCUUACACUUUAUGGUUCUGGCCGCCACUGGCAUGUGGUCCCAAGAAGGUUGCUCAGGAAUAAAUGUGGCCCUCAGACUGAAAAAAGGUUACUCACCCCCCAUGUUAGGACUCUGCUUCAGAGAUUUGGAGAUCUAGGAAUUUAUGACCUUUCCUUCUAAUCUGUGUCAGUUAUGAAUAGCUCCUUGUUCUCCCUGUCUUCUCCUCCCCUUAUUGUUUUAUUUUAACACAAUUUCUUUUUGUUUGUUACAUUUUUAAUUAUCCUCUACCUUUCUGAGAACCUUCUGGCUGAAGAGCAGGCUAUUAAGGUUUCAAAAUAAGCAAAUCGUGUUUUCACGCCUAAGGAACAGCUCUGGAAAGCUAGCUGGCUGUUUUGUGAUUUUUAGUUGACCUCAACAACGGUGCUUAUUGGAAUACUUCUCCUCUUUGGUUUUUUAGUCAUGGGCCAUUGCAGUGCCAUGUAUUGCUUUGUUUACUACCCGUGUGUGCCCACAUCUGCCCUAUACAUUUAAACGCAAUUAUACCACUUUAAAUGGAUGCAGGUGGCGCUGUGGGUUAAACCACAGAGCCUAGGGCUUGCCGAUCAGAAGGUCGGCGGUUCGAAUCCCCGCAACAGAGUGAGCUCCCGUUGCUCGGUCCCUGCUCCUGCCAACCUAGCAGUUUGAAAGCAUGUCAAAGUGCAAGUAGAUAGAUAGGUACCGCUCCGGCGGGAAGGUAAAAGUGUUUCCGUGCACUGCUCUGGUUUGCCAGAAGCGGCUUAGUCAUGCUGGCCACAUGACCCGGACGCUGUCUGCAGACAAAUGCCGGCUCCAUCGGCCAAUAAAGCGAGAUGAGCGCCACAACCCCAGAGUCGGUCACGACUGGACCUAAUGGUCAGGGGUCCCUUUACCUUUACACCACUUUAAACAACCAUGGCUUCCCCCAAAGAACCCAGGGAACUGUAGUUUGUGAAGAGUCCUGUGAGUUGUUAGGAUACGUCUAUCCCCCUCACAGAACCACAGUUCUCAGGGUGGCCCAACAAUCCUUCUUCCCAGGGAAUUCUGGGAAUUGUUGCUCUGCAAAGGGAAUAGGGAUCUCCUAACAACUCACAGCACCCUUAACAAAUUACAGUUCUCAGGAUUAUUGGGGGAAGAAUAACCAUGCUUAAAAUGUACGUUAUGGAUGUGACCUAUGUUCCACGCUCUCUUGGUUAUCACGGUAGUGAGAGAGAGAUUUCUUUCUUUCUUCCUCCCAUAUAGCUUGCUGAGAGGCCACGGCUGGUUUUCCCUAAUCGGGUACGACCAAGGCUGCUUUGGCACAUGGCUGGCAGGGGAGAGAACAAUGCUUUUCAUGGUAUUGCUACUGCCAUUCAGUAGCUUUCUGAGAUCUGAGCCAAGUGGCAUUUAAACUGAUUUUCCUCUGCUAACUUUUCUGACGCUGACCCUUCCUCAUUAAUCCCAAAUAUCACUGCACAUUUGCAGUGUGGGUACGCUGAAAAAUGAAAUGCAGGUGUCAUCUGUUUAAGCUUCAGCUUACUGCAUUACAUUUUGUGUUGAGUAUUAUUUUUCUAGCAUACACAGAAGGCUUGGUUAUUAAGCUAGGGAAAUAUAUUGCUCCAGGUUCCAAGCACAUCCACAGGAUUGAGUGCCUUUUGCUUUAUUUUACUGUCUGACAGAAAUGGAUUUGUAAAUGCUUUUUUGCAAGAAUAAAGAAGCUACACAAGACUGCAGAAGCAAGUACUGAAGGGAUUAAACAAGACAUUGAAAUUAAUGUUUUGUAACUAUCACACUCUGCCUUUUAUAUUUGUGUGUGUGUGUGUGUUGGUAUACCUAUAAGGUACAUUCUUAGGUCUGAUAUGAGUCUGGUUUGAUAUGUGUCAUUAACAUCUACCUAACUUAUUAUGUAGACGCUCAUCAGGCAGAGGAUGGCGGGGGCACGGGUAGUUCUGCUCCAGACACUGUCCCAUUAACUCCUCCCUGAAUAUCAGCCAAAUAAUUGCAUUCUUGGCAGGCUCAAUCUGUGUUGCAUGAAAUCUAAGACUGUUCAGUGGCAUGUAGUUUUAAGCCAUGAUUGUUUCAACCAUGGCUUAGCGAUGGGUGGGCAUGGGGAGGCAAUCUUUUCCCUUUAGCACAAGAUCAGAGUGUCAGAAGUGGUAUGAGAGAACUGCCAUUUCUUGCAAUGUUUACAUUACAUCACCACCCCCUGGUCACUGGUCAGACUGGAUUUAUGGGUCUUUGCAAGACUCUGAAGAAGAAGAAAAAACAAAACAAAACAAGCUCCUAAUUGUGCAGUUGGCACUGCUGGAAUUAAUGGGUGGUAUUCCACUAUUUUUUGUGGUAGCGUAAGUCCCCCCUCUCCUUGCCCCGUGCCAUUCCCAACUGCUCUGGAGGGUUGGGGGAAACCCCAGACAGAUUUUGGAGGCAUGUGAAGGGAGGCAGGGGAAGAUAUAUUUGCUCUGAUGUUCAUUCACUUAAGUGUUAUAUUGAAUACAACCCAGAAUAUGUAAUAUUUCAGAAGGCACCUAUUGACUAUGAAAGAGCUAAUGAAGUUGAAUUUAUUUUUCUCUCCCACCCUAUCCUCCCAACUUCCUCAGACUGUCAAGUUUUUUCUUUAUUUUUAGUUUUUGUAUACACUUACCUGCAUGACCAUAUUAAGCAGCACUUUUGAAGGAAAAAUAAAAUAAUGUUAAGUCUACUGAAUUCCCCACAGCAAUGCCUCCACCAUUUCCAGAAUGUUUUCUUAAUCUCUAAGCUUUUGACCAGUGUGUUCUUCUGCCCAUGUUCAAAAAGAGCUUUUUUUCUUCUAUUAACAUUUCCUUCAGGAGUGAAGGUGACUCCCAUCCAGAAUCUACUUACUAACCUAUAUAGGCAAUCUCGCCUUUCUUGAACUGUGUUAGCCAAGGGCAGAGUUGGGGUACCUGUGACCUUCCAGAUGUUGUUGGAGUCCAACUAACAUCAGCCCAGGCCAGCUUGUAGACCAAGAACAUCUGGAUGGCAUCAUGAUGACUCCUGCUUUAUCAAAAUGACUUGUCCAUACACUAAUUGGUCUGUGUCAUAACAACUAACCCUUUCACUUUCAUCCCUUUCAGGACAUUUCUCAGAGUUCUUUCCCUUCCCGGUGAGAACUGGGGGGAUUUGGUGGAGGAAUGGUGUUGUCACCCCAACCCCUUCAACGACAGCAUGCUUCGGCCACAAAAUGGAGACUGUUUCCUUGGGCACAAUUAUUUCCUGAUUAGUUCAGGAAGUGAGCCAACUGGGCCAAGUUCUGAAAUCCCGCAUUCAGAAUCCCUGGGUGCUCCUUGUAGAAGCAGUGGCUCUGGCCUGGUGAGUACACUGGAGAAAUAAUAAUGGACAAGCGCACACUUGACAUUUGUUUUGAUUGUUAGAGGAUUGGUAGAAUCAUAGAUCUGAGUUGGAAGGAACCCUGAGGAUCAUCUAGUCCAACCAUCUGCAAUGCAGGAAUAUGCAGCUGUCCCUUAUGGGGAUUGAACCUGCGACCUUGGUGUUAUCAGCACCAUCCUCUUAAGCAACUGAGCUAUUAGAGAGCAUGCAUAAGAGCCCAGGUUUGUUUCCCUAGUAUCAGCAAUGAAAACAGGCACAGGCAACCAGCUUCUCUUUACGUAUUUUUGCAAUUAGCACUCUCUAUUAAACGUACUUAAACUGUCCCUGUGAUUGGAAACCCUGGCAGGCCAAGGUUUCACAGGGUUUACAGCACCUUCCGAUCUUCCUGCUAAUUCUGUCAAGAUCUGAAAAUCUCUGCCUCCAUCCCUAGGCUUAGCCUUUCACAUGUUCAGGUGAACAUUGCCUUGGUAAUUGUAAUAUUAAAAAGUAAUAUUAAAGUAAUGUUUGAAGCAACCAUCACACACACACACACACACACAGAGAGAGAGAGAGAGAGAGAGAGCGUGCACCAUAGGACGGCUCUUCCACAUCACCUGAAGCAGUACUUUUCAGUGGAGCAGUUCACUCAUUCUUCUGACACUCGACAUGCAAUACAUUUUGAAAUAAUGAGCUGUUGAAGUAUGCACUUGUGUGUUAAAAAAGCCAAAAUAGCCGAUCCUUCUUUAUUCUCCCCCCCCCCACCUUUCCUCUCUCUUCCUCUCUCUUUCUGUCUGGACCCAGCACAUGGCAUCUCUUCUGCAAAUCAUCGUUUAAUACAAUUUUUAAACACCCUGAGGUCACACAGCAUUCUAGCAGCUGUCUCUAGGGGGAAGUAUUUUCUUCCUGACUAUGUCAAGGACCUUUUGGAGCAGAAGCACAAAAAAGAUAUUAAGAGAGUAGAUUGCCAGGAGCUGAAAGUUGUCAACACAAGAUACAUUGAUUUAAUUUGUGUGGCAAAAAGUAUUGCCACUUUUGUCCAAACCGGUGAAAACACUCUCAGCUCGUUCCUCUUCUGCUACCUUAUGUACUUCUAAGCAAGAGAAAACAUACAUUGGGUGUGUAGCAAUUGAACCUGGAAUCUCCUGCAGUCCUACCCUUGUCUGCACAGAAGUAAGUCUCAUUGAAUUCACUGGGGCUUACUUCCACCUUUGUAGGGUUAGUAUUGCUGCCUUUAAGUGCUUUGAAUAUUUAAGGAAGGGCUAUAUAAAUAUUAGGACGUGGGUGGUGCUGUGCGUUAAACCACAGAGCCUAGGUCUUGCAAAUCAGAAGGUCGGCAGUUCGAAUUCCUGUGACGGGGUGAGCUGCCAUUGCUCGGUCCCUGCUCCUGCCAACCUAGCAGUUCGAAAGCACAUCAAAGUGCAAGUAGAUAAAUAGGUACCGCUCCGGUGGGAAGGUAAACGGCAUUUCCGUGUGCUGCUCUGGUUCGCCAGAAGCGGCUUAGUCAUGCUGGCCACAUGACCCGGAAGCUGUACACCAGCUCCCUCAGCCAAUAAAGUGAGAUGAGCGCCACAUCCCCAUAGUCGGUCACGACUGGACCUAAUGGUCAGGGGUCCCUUUACCUUUAUAUAAAUAUUGCUUCUCCUCCUUUUCUCAUGUGUAAAGCUUCCUAUGUUCCUGAUCAUUUUAAGUUACAGCAUCAGUACUCUUUUAAGUCAUGAUAGCAAACCCCAUGCAGAAGUCUUCAGACUUAAACAAUGUGGGUGGAAUUCAGCAUCGCACUCUUCCAAACGUUUCCGUUGCUUAGAACAUGGUGCUGAUAAUGUGAAGGUUGCAAGUUCAGCCCUCGUAUGAGACAGCUGCAUAUUUCUUCAUUGCAGGGAAUUGGACUAAAUGAUCUUUGGGGCCCCUUCCAACUCUACCAUUCUUUGAAAUUCUAUGAAAUCUGCACAAGAAUUUCAGUGCCAUAUUGAACAAUCCCCCCUUUCUCUCCCCGCCCCUGUGCAUCGUUCUAGGGGUCCUCCUGACCUUCCUGUUCCAAUUUGGGGGGGUUGUGUGGGGGAAGGAGAGGGAGGAAAGUCCCAAUAUGCAAGUGGAAGUCCUCCCUCUGAUGGAUGGCAUUGGCUGAAUCCCAUCCUGAGAAAUUAUAUCCCCAUGUGCCAUGCUUGCAAUGUGUUUAACAGCUGAUCCCUUGUGUUCUGUCUUUGGGGUGGUCUAGACCAGGCUUCCUCAACCUCGGCCCUCCAGAUGUUUUGAGACUACAAUUCCCAUCAUCCCGGACCGCUGGUCCUUCUAGCUAGGGAUCAUGGGAGUUGUAGGCCAAAAACAUAUGGAGCGCCGAGGUUGAGGAAGCCAGAUCCUGACACAAAUUUGUAACAGCUGGGACCAAGUGCAAUAGUUUUUAAAAGGGUGACUGGAGUGAUUAGUCUUUCUGGAGUGGCAAUAGUCUCCCUUAAUGUGAAUACGAUAACUGAGGUUUGAAAUCAAAAUGAAGCCAUUUGUUCUGGGAUGCAAAAUGCAAUCAAAAGUUUGAGUGAAGUUGUUUCAAUAGACUUAUCUUGGCCACUACAACAAGGUCCUGUGCCCAGAAGUCUUUGUAUUUGUGGUCAACCUCAGGUGGAAGACAUCACUCAUUAUCUCUUAGCCUGCCCCUUAUAUAGAGACCCAAGAGACAGCUUUCUGAAACCUUUGUUCACACAAGCAAGCAGGUGCACCAGGCAGAAAUAGUUCCAUUUCUUUUGAGUGACAAUAAUAGCUUCGCAAAACACAGAGUGACCCUCUGUUCGCUGACUGCAAAAUAAAUCAGGAUAAAGGAGUUCGAUAAAAUCUCUAUAAAUUGUUGUGGUGAUUCAGAGGUGAAAUCAAGCUGGAUUUGAGUUUGUUGGUGUGUCUGGUAACUUCUCUUUCUUACAUAAUGGAUGAUGGUUUAUAUUUAUGGGUGUAUGUUCUGUAUUAUUAAUACUAUUGCCAUAUGUUUGUCAUGGCCAUUGGCUAGAACAGUAAACCUAUGAAGUUAAUAAACUUAACCCUUUGCUUUGAUUGUGGCAUAACAUUUUAAAAAUUCAAGUGUGUGUGUUUGUGUGUCAGUCUCUCUCAGUCUGUAAAUGUUGCUUCUUUGCCCUACAGAAUUCAAAGGCAAAUAGAAGAGUAAUUUGCAGACGCUGCAAGACAUUGUUGGGAGAGGUUCACUCCUCAGGUACGGAGUAUGUGAACAAAGGAUCCCUGGGCUGUUUCAAUCACUUGCAGCUUGAGGAUGUUUUUGUGUGCUGCACCAGUUAUAAAAACAUUGUGUGACAUCCAGUGAUGGCCACCCAUUUGUACAAUAGAAAUCUUGGGCUGUGGCACGACACUACUAGUUUUCUCUUCUCCCUGCCCUGCCCAAAUCUGCUCUGCAGGGUCCUCCAACACUCUGGAGCAGUUUUUUGGGGGUAAGCAGAGUUUUCAGGAGGAUGAGCGAAGGGGAGAAGCCCAGUUGCGUGUGCAGAUAAGUUCGGUUACAUAUCACCAUUAUUCAUAGAGGUUUGCAGGCCAGUGUUUGGGAGAGGUUUUUUUAAUAAUAUCAAUCUGCUAUUGGGCUCCAGUAAUCCCAUUUAAUGUCCUGUGUGGAAAUGAAAUUAAUUGUUUCAAAAUGAACUCCAGUUUAAUGUAUUUUUUUUGGUAACUUAUUUGUUCAUUUGUGGCUUAGUUAAACAUUUAAAAUAAAAUAAAAUAAAAAUAGAAAAGCAAGCAAAGGUAAAGCACUACAGGUCUACAGACCCUUUAAUGGUUGAGAAUCACAUGGAGCAUGAGGUGGUUCAGGACUUGUAUAAAAAUAAUCUACAAAAAUUCAAAUGGCUGCUGGUGUCUGCAGCAGCUGCUGGCUUGGGAGGAUAUAUGAAACUUAAGACGUUUUCAAAUAUAUAACAUGCUACUAUUUUUAAAUAUGCUUUGAUAACUGUUUUGAUUUCUUCUCUUCUUUGUUUUUUGUUGUUGAAAGUGUUCUUGAAAAAUUAGAGAGUUUGGAUGUGAAUAUUUUAAAUAACUUGAAAUGCUCAGGGGUAACAGUGGUUUAUCAGUCAGGCUUGUCAUGUGUUGUUUUUAGUCAGCCCUACUCCAGCAGUCUGACAUGAAAUUUUAGUGGGCAAAGCUUGAUCCAGAUCUAUGGACAGACUCAAAAUGGCUGCAAUUUUUUGAGCAAGAGGGCAGUUUACAUCUGAAGGCCCCUUCCCAUUUGAAUACACUCCCUCUCCUUGUAGUAUAUGUGUGGUUUAUGUAUUAGUUAUUUGUCCCACGCCUGUGACUCAGUAAGGCUUCAGCUCUGAGAUUAAUUCUGCAUUUGGUAAAUAUAGUACAGAUACUUAUAUUAUUUUUACUUCUAGGUGCCACAAAAUACUAUUUCACUGAAGUGUUUGUUCAGCCAUCUGAAGAAGGUUUUGACAUGGUACCAAGGUGUGAAAGAAUUCUGCAUUUUUAAACUUUUCAACAGUUCUGCCUUUGUUUCAUUUUUUUUCUGUACAUUUCAUGAAAUAUAACAUACAUUUAAUGGUAUUUGAAACCGUGUUAAUUAAGUGCAUUCCUUGCUUUUUCUGUUCUUUCUCCUGCUAAGAAGUGUUAAUUAGACUGUGGCAUUAGGAAAUGGAAUUCUUGAAGUCAAAAGUCAUCUGGCUGAUUAAGGGGUGCCAGUUUCUAUGGCACUCUGUAGCCAUCAAACAUCACAAACUUUUUAAAAGGUGCUUAUAUUUCUUCCCAGUAGAAGGAAAUGUGCAUUCUUCUUCCUUGAACCGAAAGUCCAUUCCAGAAGCCUGAACUGUAUCUAAUCAUGUAUGGAUAAUCUAUUCAGGGGGCAAAGGAGAAGAGAAUAUUUUUUAUCCUCCCCUCUGCUUGCCCAGACAGAUGUGAUAUGUGGAAUUAGACACAUUAAGGCUUGGGUUGUUUGUGUGCUACUCAAGCUCUUAGAUUGGACUUCAGCUGUUGAAUGCCCUCUUUUGGCCCAUGUGUUUCCUCUCCAUGUAUCUUCCUUAUAGAUGAUGUUCAGGUCACACACUAAUCUACUGUAUUCUCUUGGCUUAUCAUCCUGCUACACCAGGUGUGGAGACCUUUAGCCUUCCAGAUGUUGCUUAACUGCAAUUCCCAUUAGCAAGCAUGGCCAAUGGCCAACAAUAGUUGGAGUUGGAGUUCAGCAACAUCUGAAGGGCCAAAGGGGUUUUCCCACACCUGUUCUACACUAUCAUUAUAAGGCAUAGUGCAAAGCCAGAUUCACAAUGUUACCGAAACAGUUAAUAUUUGCAUUUCCUCCCCAGACUGCUUUCCCUAGUAUUCCUACUGGUUACCCUGCCCUUGAAAACCACUAUUAUCAUCCUUGCAAUGCCCUUGUAACAUCCCAGUUUAUGAUGUGCUUACAACAGUAUUAAUAAUCCCCAGCCUGAGCAUUGGUUUGCUGUUGUAGCAAGUUUUAGGGUUAAUCAGUGGCAAAUUAUGCAAACUUAAAAGUUGCUGUAAUUAAUUUCUGCCAUGAAACAUAUAAUUGCCAAUUACAAGCUGAUACUUGACCAUCUUUUUCUAACCUGCACAGCAAUCAGUUUCAAUUAGAGCUUUCUUCCUUUUUUUAAUUGGAGGGAUGGCUUUUAAAUAAAACAUUUUUGAACAAAUUUCAUCAGCUGUACCUGUGCUGCAACUACCAUAAAGUGCUGCAACUACCUUGCAUUGUGAUGACGAUUAUAUGGAUUGGUUUCUCUCUUUAUGGAGGUGGAAGAUUUUUCAGCACAUGUUGUGUAUGCACUAUGCCAGGAGUCAGAAAUUUAGAGAUAGGAGAGAAUAAGGAUAUGCUGAAGAGACAAUAGAGAUUUGUGUUUAUAUGUUAGUCCUGAAAAGGGCCAUAAGCUCUUUUGGACAGGGUUGAGGUCUGGCAUGUACAUACAGUCAGGCUCACAUUAUAAGAUGCUGGGGAUUAUUUUCAUUAAGUGCAAUCCCUUUGCCUUGAACCUUCUGGGAUGCAGUACUGUAUUAGAUCAGGUGUGACAUUUUAUUGUAUAGUGGGGGUGGGGAAUCAUUGCUAAGGAAGAAGGUACAGAAAUCUGGUUGAUUACUACAUGUAAAGAACUCCAAACUGCUUUUGUUUCUGUAUUGCAGAAUAGUUAAUGGGCCAGUUUUACCUCAACAAGGCAUCUUGAACAGGACACGGUUUUAUUCCUGCCCUUUGCAUUCUUCAUGCUUUGAUGAUAGUUCCAUGUCCUUUUUUUUUACUACUCUUGCUGUUUCUGCUGUCCAAAGCCCUACUAAAUAUUUUUGUGUGAUUGGGGCUGAAAGGUACCUCUUCCAUAGGUAACAAUGGCACUGGAAAAUGCAAAUGUCUCAUUUUUCAACAAGCCUUGCCCUGAUUUUUUUCUCUCUUUUUAUGUACUCAUUUGCUUUUCAUGCAAUGGCAGUCAUGAUUAAGCUAUCUUUGCUUUUCAAAAAACAGGUCUCCCUUUAUACAAAGUGUUGUUGCCCAGUGCCUUGAAGAGCUUUCUUUUGCUAGAAGCACAUUUAGGUUCAGCAUACAAGGAACUGAUGGGACAACCUACAUCUUGGUAAGUUGCAGACCUGUUAACUUUUUCAUACUGUGAUAUCCUACGACUUGGCUCCAAAUCUUUCCAUGCUGUUUAGCUUGCUCACCCUUGCUAAGCAGACUUUGUUAAUUCUUCUAACAGUUAACAGUGCAGUCUGAUGCACAGUCUACUCAGAAGUAGAUCUGAGGGACAGUUAAUCCCAUUUAACUGUCCAUAGGAUUGCACUCAAAGGCUGCAACCCUAUGCCUGCUUACCUGAGAGUAAGUCCCAUUGAACUGAAUGGGAUUUACUUCUGGGCAGACUGCAUUCAGUGCCACUGUUCCUCUUUAAGGGGCGAGUAGAUAUGUAGGGUUGAAUUGUAGUUGCAGUUACAGAAAUUCCAAAAUGCAAUUGAAAUUAUUGGCACAAUUGCAUUGUGUAAGGGAAGUCAGGACUUCAUUCACCAUUUGCCAUGGAAUGUCCAUUGUUACAGCACUUCCAGAAUUUGUCUUCUCUGGUAAAUGAACAGGAUUUGCAUGGGCAGUUUCCUAGAUUUGGGAUCUAGGGCUGCAGCCAUAGGGCCCAACUACUUUGGUGAUGAGAAGCUGUCUAUAAACAAAUAAUAAACUAUAAAUACACAUACCUGAAGUAAAUUCUAUUUAACUUUGUAGGACUUACUUCUAGGUACACAUGAAUCAUAAUCAUGGGAAUGCUGGAUGUGAAGUUUCACUGCCCUUUAACUCCAUGUUUAUAAGUGUGCUUCUGUCUGUGUAUGCAAAAAAGUUAACCAGUCAGUGAAAUGAACAUAGCAAGAGGGCAGCCCGAUUGUUCAAGGAGUCCUGGAGCAACUUUCCUAUGAGGAAAGCUUACAGUGUUUGGGACUUCUUAAUUGAAGAAAGGUGAGUAGGUGAGGGCAGGGUGGGGCCAGGCACGAGAAAACUCUAUAAGAUUAUACAUGGUGUGGAGAAAGUAGUUAGAGAGAAGUUUUGCUCCCUCAUAGUACUAGAAACUGGGGUUAUCCAGUGAAGCUGAAUGCUAGAAGAUUCAGAACAGACAUAAAGAAGCAGUUCUUCACACAGCGUGUUCUUGAAACUAUGGAAUUUGCUGCCACUAGAUGUAGCAAUGGCCAUUAACUUGGACAGCUUUAAAUUGGGAUUAGACAAAUUUGUGGAGGACAAGACUAUGAAUGGCUGCUGGUCAUGAUGCCACUGAAUGCCAGUUGACAGGCAGCAUGAGUGGGAAGAAUGCUGUUGUGUUCAUGCUCUUCUUGUGGGCUCCCUGUAGGCAUCCGGCUGGCCACCAUGAGAACAGGACCUGGCCUAACUGGGCUUUCGUCUGACCCAGCUUGGCUGCUCUUAUGUUCUUAAACGGACUGGACCCCCACCCCACCCCUUUUUUUAAAAAAAACCAAAACCCACAACUUGUAGGUUUGUCUCUUCAUUCACAGAUGUGGCUACUAAAUUCUGACACGCUGCUGGUGGAAUCUUCAGGAACACUGGCCUGCAGUAAUAUUUUUACAGUGUUUGAACAUGAUAUGUCGUCUGAUUUGAGGCCGUUAAAGAGUCAGAAGGCUAUCAAAGUCCUUUACCAUCCCUGUGUGAAAAGCAGAAAUAAGGAGUAAGUACCUGCUGUUUAUGUCGCUUCUAUUAAAACACCGUAGCAGGUUAUUAUUUUAUUGCCAUUGUUCAAAUCACCAGUGUUUUUAUUUAAGCCAGUGAAUUCUAAUACAGAAAGGUUUUAUUUCACCUAUUUGAAAUGGGGUGAAGCAAAGUCAUCAUAGUGUUUGACUACAAAACAAGAUACUGCACUAUUUUAUAUAAUACAGUGUGGGUAUAAUUGCGGUAUGAGGAUAUCUGUCUAUAUUCUGCUGAUGGCUUUAACUGAUGAUAGAGCAGAAUUUAAUUGUUUUAGUACUUGCCCUGUUAAGGAAUAUGGGCUUCUUUAGUGUGCUUACUUUUUCAUCUGUUGGCUUCCUGAUCCUGGCUUUUAUUUUGCAAUAUAUAAGCAGUAUGAGGUUAUAAAACAUCUGUUCACAUCCCCCCCCCCAAUGCCUUAAGGUCAUGUGAGGGCUAGCUUUACCCCUUGCCACCAUUAUUUUAAUAUUCUUUUGGGAGCCACUCAGAGUGGCUGGGGAGUCCCAGCCAGAUGAGCGGGUUGUAAGUAGUAAAUUAUCAUCAUCAGCAGCAUCAUUAUUCACACAGCCAUGUUCUCUAAAGGUCCAUGCAUUUAGCUGGCACAUAAACAUUUUUUCUGAUAAGGGCGAUUCCUUCCAUAUAUUCUCAAUGUAAAAGAAACAUAGUUUCUCUUUGAAGUUAUAGUCAUUCACCUUUUAUUAACUCCACAUCUUUUAAUGAUUCCAAAUGUAUUUUCUUCAGCAAGGAAUUUUGUACAGGUGGGACAACUUCAUUUUUCAUGAAUAAUUCCCAUAAAUGGAAGCAGCGUUCUUAGACUUAAAAGUAGCCAGGGAGAAUAAAGGUGGGAAUGACUUUAUGCACAUAUGUACUGAUAUUUAUGUCUAAGGGUAAAGAAAUCUUAUUUGCUUAAACAGUGUUUUAGUGAGUAGUGUGUAAUGUACAAUGUACAUUUGUAAUGUGUUUGGUGAGGGAAGUCGUCUGCCUGGUCAGGUGAAAGUUGGUUUAACCGUCACUUAGGGACCUUAACUGACAGCUGAAGAGGGGUUGGAGAUAGAACUCUCUGUGUGCAAAUGAAGGAUAGAAAGUAUUUGAACCACAGUUCAUGGCUCAGUUGGUAGAGCAUGAGGCUCUUAAUCUCAGGGUUAUGGGUUUGAGCCCUACAUUGGGCAGAAGGUUCCUGCAUUGCCGGAGUUAGACUAGACGACCCUCGUGAUCCCUUCCAACUCUACAACUCUAUGAUUCUAUAUUCUGAUUGGUGGCUGCAGGUUUAGAAUUCUUAGUUAGACAGUGUGAUUGGCCGGGAUUGAACUAGAGGGGCCAGAAGAAGUGUAUAUAUGAUCAGGUGCUGGUCAACAGUAGUUAGCUAUUGGUUAGCCAGCCCUUGCUGGUCAGAGAACCUGCCUACAGCAGUAAGGGAGAACUGUGGGGAGCCAGUUUAGAAAGCAAAGCUUUGGUAUCCUGUAGGAGAGCCAAAGGAACAGCACAAGGCAGCAAAAACAGACCUGCAUUUCAAUAGGUCAGUAGGGUUGAAGCAGAGCUAAUGCUUUUUUGUGGUAAAGAACCAAUUUACAUGCUAAUGCUUUUGUAGCUUUUGAAGCAGCAGGUGCAAUGGGGUGCCUUUAAAUUUGUAGGACUGUUGGUUGACAGGGUUUUCUUUUAAAAACACACCACCUGCACUCCAUACCCUGGAUGAAGUACUUUCUAGCUCAUUUGUUCGCUCUUUUAAAACUUUAAGGGACAUUUUGAAAGAAGCUUGUGUAGAAUAUGCGGUGCGGUGCUGAAUGGCUUCCUUUCUUCAUAAUUUUAAACAGAUGGGCAAGUCUCUUGAUGCACAGACCGCAUAAUAGCAAGGGCAUUUUUGUCUCCUCUGAGAGACUGAAUGAGGACAUAAGGCAGGAGGCUACUGUAGUGUAACUAGCAUGCGGUUAGACUAGAGUGAUGAGGUUCAAUAUGGGAAACUCGUAUUCAAAUCCUGACUUAGUCAUUGAAGCUCAGCAAGUGGUUUUGGACAUUCACACACUCUCAGGUUAUCCUACAGUACAAGUCUAAAAUAAACUCCAUGUUCACAAGCUCUUUUUGGGAAAGACAGGAUACAAACAUCAUCAAUAUUUUUUCCAGCUUGUUUGGAUAGGGCCGAAGGCAAAAACUGUGAUACAAAGAAACUGAGACAAACCACUUCUUUGUUUUUUGAGUGCCUUUACUCGAGAUACAUUUAAUCACUUGCUUUGGGCUUCACUCCCUUCUAAAAUAGAAUCUUAAGUCCUCCGGUAUAGAAACUGGUGAACUGAAUCAUCAGUUUGUUCUUGAUUGGUUUUUGUGUGUGUGUGACCUUUAAGUUUUUUGCUGUUAAAACCAAGAAACCCAAAUUGAAAACCUGAUUGCUUAAUCAUUUUAAGGAAGGUUUAGCUUUAAAACCAUUUAAAAUUUUAUUUUCAGUCAUAUAGAGUACACUUGAGCAUGGUAGCAUAUAAAGCUAUAUUCUCGUUCCUCUUUCUUUGUCGGCUGUAUUUUGGUAGAGCUCUGUUGCAGUAUAAUAGGUUAGCUAUCUGUUGUACUCCCUAUCCGUAUCCAACUGAGGACAUCUGAGCAACACCAGAAUAUUGCUCCGAGCUAUGCAAAAAUCAAAACAAAAAAGCAGUAUGAGGUAAAGUUUGGUCCCACCACAACAAUUUAUUUUCUAUCAUGCAGCAGGCUCUUUGGAUCUCGGCCCAGUACUUCUGGGUAAUUUACAUUUGCUCUCAGUUCUUAGCUUCUGCCUCAUAGAAGUGUUUACUUGGCUGUUGAAGCUGCUUUUGGGUAGCUUGGGGACUUCUGUGGAUUAUCUUUAUCCGUAAUAGUCUUGGAGCACAAUCUUUAGCACCUGCUCUCAGAAGUAAACUCCAUUUGAAGUUAGUUGGACUUAACAUCCAAAUAGUGUGUUUAGAAGCAUGGGCAGGUUGGGCCAAGUGACUCAUGUUCACAUGCAGAUUGAGUUUGCUCUUGUGUUCCUUUCACUGAUGCCCACAGAUAUAGAUUGUAAACACACGUCAUCAAUGUUCAGCACACUCAUCAAUGUGUAUUUGCUUUAGACUCAAGGCUGCUCAUGGAACUGUAUUAGGAGCAAAGCUGCCUCACUUCUUAAACUUGUAUCAGUCCCUUAUACCCUGUUCUUCCCCCAAAGAGCUCAGAAUAGCUGACAUAUAGUUGCCAGGCAAUUCUGCACUGAGGUCGUUCUUUGGUUCAGAGUUGAUUGGCUUUAGAAGUAAAACUACAGCAUGUGCCUUCAGAUCAUUCUCUGAGGGGGUCGUUGCUUUAAUUAAGUUACACCAUUUCCACUUUCUUAGUGCUUUUCUUUCCCUCAUAAUUAUCUUGGCCAAUGAAGAAUCAUGUAGUGAAGAUAACAAUGUUAAGACACUAGCUUGAGUUUCCUCAGCUUGGUGCCCUUUGGAUUUUGUUGCACCACAACACGUUAUCUCUGACCAUCAUCCAUGUGGCUUGGGAGGUGGGAAUUGGGAGUCCAAAAUCUGGAUAGUACAAGGUUCGGGGAAGGCUGUACUAGUUAAUCAAUUACACCUGGGAUCACUUAAAUGAAUUAAUCUGGUUUAGGUGAUGUAGUGAUAUAGUCCUUUAAGAUUAGCUUGCGGGUUACAUGGGAAUUUGUUUGAAUCCCUGGAAUAAGCCUAAACACAGAUGCCUCUCAUUAAGACCUCAAGGCCAGUGUUGAAUGGUAAUUAAAGACACAUACUUAUUUCGUUGGGCGGAAGGGGUGAACACACAUAGUCAGUGUUCCCUUAAAACCUGGGCUGCAGUGAGCAUAAGAAGCUCUCAGCAUGGACGGUCAGCGACUGUUUGGACCUUAGAAGAUACCAUAUUUUUCUGUGUAUAACAUGCCCCCUAUUUGGGGGGACUCAAAAUUAAGAAAAUGGGGGGAGAUUGCCCCCAUGUAUAAGACUCCCCCCUUUUUAACAUUAAUUUUUAGUAAAAAAAAGCCUUGUCUUAUACACAGAAAAGUACAGUAUUUUGCUUUGUUGCUCACCCUACUAAGAUUUAUGUGUAAGUGUUUCAGUCAAUUAGCAAGCUAAGUUUUGUUAUUUUCCUUUUUACAGAGUUUUAUUUUAAUAAAGUUUCUUGUAUGUUUUUAUGGAAAUUGGUCUCACUUGAGUUUCUAAACCUUCGAUCUUGAAUACAUAUUCAAAGUGAGUCAUUCAUUACAGGUGAGUACAGGGGUUCCUGAAUUAUGUCAGCCAAUCAGGGAGGUUGUUCGGGGCCAUGCUUACUAGACAGGCAAACAUUUGUUGUUCUUUUAGCAGUGAUCCAUUAAAAGAUUUCUGAAAGUGGUGACAUAAUAAACCACUUCUUACUGGCUCGGCCCUAGCUUGGAUAGCAUUGGUUGCUUUGACUCAUUUUGUACUUUAACUAGCAACCACUCUUUUGUGUCCAACUCAUGGAGGUACACAAAUGAAACCAGUUAUGGGAAACAUGUGACCUUUCAGAUGUUGCUGGACUACAGUACCCAUAAUCCCUUGCCAUCAUUCUACCCAUCAUCCUUGCUGACUAGAGCUGAUGGGUGUUGGAGUCUAAUAACAUCUGGAGGGCCACAUGUUGUGCACCAUUGGUUUAUACACUGCAAGUAUAUGGGGGGAAAAAGAUCUGUUUAAUAAUGGGUAUUCUGUAGCUGCAUAAUGAAGGAAGUGGGGCCCUGGCCAUCAAACUUGUCUCUUUCACUGCACAGCUAUUUGCCCAUAAUGAAGCUGCUUCCAGAGACCCAUUUUCUGCAGUACUGUGUACCAUAAAACUCAAUGACAAAUCUUACAUUUAUUGCCCGUUAUUAUUGAGAUACCUUAUUAAAAAGGGAGUGUGGGCUUUUUGUUGUUCUUGGUGUUUGUAUAUCUCCCCGCAGUUAGUAAUCACUUUCUGUAAUUUGAAAUAUUAUUGUGGAUUUCAUAUAUCAAGCUCUUAAUCCAUUGAAAGGCAUAACUGAUCUCCUGAAACAUUAUGUACUCAAAAGACAGAAUUAGAUGCUCUAAUUAGAGUUCUGAUACUUGUAUCCCCCACCCCCAAUCCCCUUUUUAUAUUGUCAAGAAGUUCGUUUGCACCAUUAGUAGAAAUUGCAAGACAAGACAUCUCUUGGGUAAUGGUGGGAUAAUAAAUCCCUUAGUAAUGUAGCUGUCAGAAUAUUUUUUUAAAAAUCAUUUUAAUUUUCAUUCCAAAUGCUAAGCUAACAAGGAAAGACUUGGGAAAUAAUGAUUGUCUUCUAGUGGACAAGAGUACUGUCAAAAUACACAAGGACAAGGGAAAGUUAAGUUGGAUUUCUGGAGUUUUGUACAUGGCAGACAAGUUCCUUCACCACAGCUGAAAGCUAGUUUUUGAUGCAGGUUUUGUGCCUGUUGGAUUAAUGUGGGAUGGGAGGGGGCACUGCUUGGACAGGGCAUUUUGGGCUAUGGUUUUUUUGGAUUAUACCAUGUCAGGCUAUUGCAGAGGUGUGAGAAGUGUUUCCCUCCCCACCCCCCAUUCUGAGAACCGUUUUUUCUUAUAUGGAACCUUUUGGCAACUAUAAGUGGUGAGUGAUACCAAAGGUGGAAAAACUGGGCAGAACGACAAAGGGGACUCUUGUUUUUGUACAUUGGACUGUACUUUAGCUGCACAGAAGUUGCCCCACUCCAAAUUAAAGGCCCUUCGAAGUCUAAAGUAAUAGGACAGGCUUUGCCUGGUCCUUUUGAAGAUGAUAAUGGAGAGAACUCCAUUAUCCUCCAGUAUAGAGGACUAUAUUGUGGAAAGUGUUCCACAAUUUUGAUGUCAUGCCUGGAAAGGCCCUCUGUCUCUCUUUUCUGAAUCUCUAAAGAUGGGGACAUCUGGAGAAGGGUUCAUGGUCAAGAUCUUAAUUGAUAGCAGGUGAGAGAAGGCAGCAUUUCUCCCUUCAGAAGCCCUAGUCUCAGACCAUAUAGCUUUGAAGCCCAAACCAUCAACUUGAACUGAACGCCAGAAUGAACUUGGUAGUUAGCAAAGAUACCAGCAUAAUAUGAUUGGGGUGCUCAGUUGCCGUUAGCGACAUGACUUCUGCAUUUUGAACCAGCUGCAGCAUCCAGAUUCUGCUCAACAGCAGCCCCAUGUACAACACAUUGCAGUAAUCUGCCUGGGCUGAAAUCUCUUAAGGUGCUAGUUUUUUACAUGCAAGGAGAGGAGUAUGUGUGAGUGUGUGAAUAUUAAAGCACGUGCUCUCCCUUCCCACAACUCAAAGUACAGUGGUACCUCGGGUUACAUAUGCUUCAGGUUACAUACGCUUCAGGUUCCAGACUCCACUAACCCAGAAAUAGUGCUUCAGGUUAAGAACUUUGCUUCAUGAUAAGAACAGAAAUUGUGCUCCGUCUGCACAGCAGCAGCAGGAGGCCCCAUUAGCUAAAGUGGUGCUUCAGGUUAAGAACAGUUUCAGGUUAAGUACAGACCUCUGGAACGAAUUAAGUACUUAACCCGAGGUGCCACUGUAGUUCCAGUCCAUAAAAGCUAAACCACUGAAAUAUAAACUGGCCCUUUGGCAUUUUGUUACCCAAGGGCAAUGGGCUGAAUGUUGCAGGAUGGGAGAAGUUUAUACCCUCCAUAUUAGAAAACUCUGUUGAGGUUUUAUUUGCCUCAGAGAUGAGGGAAAUGUGAUUGCGAUUUACAUAAGUGAAACGGCUAAGCUCCCUGAUAGUCGGACAUUGCCUUUGUAAUUUUGUUUACUUAAAAAUGAGAUUAUUAUGUCUGAAAAUAAUGUGUCAUUAGCCACAGCCUGCAAUGGUUUAUCAUAAUUGGCUGCUUUACAUCCAUUUGAAAUAGCUAGGCACAUGAAUUUUCCCUAAGGCUACAUUAGUCAGCGUGAGCUCAAACUGCUAUGUUGACAUUUUUUCCUCUCCAAACUCAUAUGUGAGUGUAAAAAUUUUAUGAGGCAACUUUAACAAGGCCCUUUGGGAUUUGGGAUUAUUUGUCUUAAGUUCUUAUUAAAGACAAAAAAAAGUUUCCUUCACUAUGUUUAUCCAGGUAGAGUAAAGCUCCUUUUUCAGAGGCUAGGCUGUUUAGGAAUAAAUAAGAUUUGACAGAGAGAAUCGGGAAUCAAGGACAGCAAGUUUUCUUCUGUGCUAAAUGUAUUUUGCCAAGAUAAAUGUUAACAGUGACAACAUAUCCCAGGUUUCUAAGGCUAUUUCUCUAGAUUAGAAGGUUUGUAGAAGAGAAAACUGCUUUUUUUUCCCCUGCCAGGAAAUAGUGAGUUCUGAUAAGUGAAAAGUGAUGCGCAUUGAGGAAAAAUUGUCCCCAUUACAUGCAUACAACAAUGGAUUUGAACAAGCAACUACUACUCAAGAAAGCAAUGCUGGAAUCAUGAUAAGCUCUGAAAAGGCUAUCUAACGAAGUUGCCAAAAAAGGGAAAAGCUACAAAGGAAUAUAUUUUUCUUUCUCUCUAAAGAAAGGUUAAAAAUAAUACAUCUGUUAUCCUACUGCCCCUGUAUAAAGGACUGUGUACCCACACCUUUUUGGGUUUCUAUCCAGUCCUGGUCAUUCUAUGGUGCAGCUCUAACAUUGUUCCAAACCAUGGUUAAGGAAGCUUAAGUAUUUUUUGGCAUGAGUUUGAAUUGGCAAACCAUGGUUUUGGGUCAUCCAGCAAACCCUGAUUUGCAAGUGGGUUUGUAAACCAUGACUUGGGCUAAUUGAUGAGACCUAGUUAUAGCCUCUCUGAAGCCAGCUGGACCAUAACGACAGAAGUCUUGAACAGAUGGACAGUGAAAGAAGACAUGGAGCGCUAAACCAUUACUUGCCUUUACUUUUGGAACGUCAGGCCACUGUAUGAGUUCUAAACAAUGGGUACCACAAACUGGUAUGGAGUUUUUAUCAGAAGAUAUAUAAUCUUACCAAAGAAAAGCCUAAAUGAAUUAGGAAUCUGUUUUAGAAACGAGAUGGCUCAAAAGAGGCAGCAACUGAAUUACAAAAAAUAGAGACCAUCUUUAUGUAUCUCACUUUUGUUAGUUUCAUUUAAGAGAAAGCAGCUUGGGUAGGUGGGGAUCAGAAGACUGAAUUACUUGUUCUAUGGCUUUUCCUAUUUUCUUUGUAGCCUAUUCAUUGCCAUAGGUUUAUUAUUUAUACCCAAAUUUUGAGUACAACAUGGUGCGUAUCUCCCAAAAGUAGUGUAUUUAAAUAACAUUUAUUAUUUAAAUAAAAGGGGAAGGGCUGUAUUUCAGUGGCAGACAACAUGCUUUGUGUACAUAAGGCAAGGGUUCAGUUCCCAUCACCUCCAGUUUUUAAAAAAGGAUCCAGUAACAGGAGAGAACAAUUUCUGCCAGAAACUAUGCAGAGCAGUUCCUGAUCAGAAAGGACAAUAUUGGGGUUGAUGGAUCUGGCAUAGGUCAGUUUCCUAUGAUUUAAAAGAAAUGACAGUUAUAUAAAAUCCAAAUAGACUGCCCUAGACUGUGUAUUCACUAUACAGAUUUAACCUACCCAAAUCUUAAAGCUAUAUAAGUAUCUAGCAUUACUUCAUUAAAAUCUACUGAGGUUUAUAAUGGGAAUAUUAUUAGAUGACUACAUGGUUUAGUUGAAUAUAUAUUCUUUGGCUGGAUUCUAGGUUCUCUUAUCAAUAUCAAACUCUACUGGUGAUGUGUUGGUAUCGAGCAAUCACAGUGUUCACUGUGGUUUUAAACUGCAUUGUGUUAUCAUCUCUUUCUGUGGAAGAUAAUGUCCCUUUAGAAUGUUUCCAAGCUAAUAUGAAGAUAUUCCUCACUGGGAUGUAUUAGCAGUCACAGUAGAGUAAGACUGCUUAUGCUUUUUGUAUGCUAUAUAGAAGCUACUGAAAUAGCAAGGAAUGUAUUCUGGAAUUUAUUGAAAAUAAGUACACCAGCCUUGAUUAGCAUAGAAAAGUGACAAUUGGGUAAUAACAUUAGCUGGUCCUAAUAAAGGUAUCUGCUGAAUGCAUAUAAAGAGCUGUAAACUCCUGGUUCUAUUUAAUGUUUCAUGAAUAGUAUUCUUAUUACUGUACAGUGGUACCUCAGGUUAAGUACUUAAUUCCUUCCGGAGGCCCGUACUUAACCUGAAACUGUUCUUAACCUGAAGCACCACUUUAGCUAAUGGGGCCUCCUGCUGCUGCCGCGCCGCCAGAGCACGAUUUCUGUUCUCAUCCUAAAGCAAUGUUCUUAACCUGAAGCACUAUUUCUGGGUUAGCGGAGUCUGUAACCUGACGCGUAUGUAACCUGAGGUACCACUGUAUUAUGAAGCAACAUGUGACCCUAAUCAGAUGAAGGAUGGCCUAUAAAUUUUGGAAUCAAAUGAAAACAAAAAUGUCACAAGCAUGAUCCCGUGUUCCCCAGAGUCUUAUUCAGUCUGGAUAUGAACCAAUCUAUUAAAAAAAAUAGCAAGAAAAAACUAAUAUUAUGUAACUAAAAUUAAUUUGUUAAUGUAUCUAAGUACUUCCUGAUGGGAGCAAACCCUUUAUCUCAGUAACUCAUUAUGAAACUUGCAUUAUUAUUUUUUACUUGGCAAGAUGUAAUCCAGGAAUUCCCCAACCAUUUUAGGGAGGCACAUUUGGAAAAUGAAAGCUGUUGUGGGCCCAACAAAAUGCCCAUUUCAAUAAAAAUAAAAAUUAGUGAUGUUCAGAUGUACCUCUGAAAUACAGCAUAUGAAACCUCCUGCCCUAAUAACAGAGAUAAAAACCAGGCAACCCCCAUUGUCCUACUAAACCAACAAUCCUCAGUUAAAAAGAGGUGUAGGCAGGGGGCCUUGGUGGGAGACCCUAGAUCUAGCCUGUUAUAGUUGCCACUGUAUAGCACCUGGGAAUAAGCUCUAUUGAACUCAAACAGACUUCCUUCUGAGUAGACUUGUAUAGGAUUUCUUUGACAAGUCUUCAUAGCUCCUGCUGCAGACUGUGUGAAACUUUCAUCCUGCACACACACACACACACACCCGACCACCUUUUUGUUGGUUUGUUUUGUGUGCUUGCUUAACAUCCAGCCAGAAAAACAGUUCUGGUGAACUUAAAACCUGCUACUAUAUUGUGAGAGUUGUUUCUUUGGGGUUUUCUUCUAAUAAACCAGUAUGGCUACCUUAACUUUUUGGUUACUAACUUGGGCAGAUUUCAUCUGAAAGACCAUGCAACAAUAAAUAAUUCUUCAAGUUGAAGGGUUCAGGUAGCAGGCAAAGAAGAAAAAGAUCUAUAAUGCUGCACAGUUGUUAUAAGUCCCUUUAGGCUACAAGCUUUUCCAGGAGAGGUGAAUUUUAUAAAGUCAGUAUUCGCUUAUUUUCAGCCAUGGCUGUUGUGUCGUGCUUAAGCCUACCCUCCAAAAACAAACCCACAACACAUCUCCUAUAAUGGUAUCCUAUUCAUCAAUGUUUUCAUACUGCAUCCUUUGAAAGGCAGUGCAGUGAGCUGCUAUUGAAAGAUGCUUUUUAAAAAAUCCUAUAUCACUCUGUAGGGAAUUGUAUAUUUAGGGCAGGCUGCCAGACUGUAAGAAACACAAAAGAACAGGCAUGGGCUAGUGACUAAACUUCAGUCAAAUGCUCCCAACAUAUGAACUCAUAUAACCGCCACACUUUGAAGUAUUGCUAUUAUUUUAUAGACUUAUAUCCUUCCUGUCAAGGGAGGCUACCUAUGCAGUAGCAAAAUACAAUAAAAAUGCAAAUGGAAAAAAGUUCCAAACAUUGGCAUUAAAAUAACAGAAGCAGAAAAAUGUGUUAAAAGACACAUCCAUAAAAUAAUUCAAAUGCAGAUGGAACUUAAGCAUCUGCUAGAGAAUCCAGUUGGCAGAAGAAUGAAGUUGCUUCAGUAGCAGUUGUUGCUGUAAGUCUCUGUGGCCCCAGAAGAUAAGGGGUAGAGUUGUCUCAUGGCUACAGGAAGUUAUGAUUGCCUUUUUCUGCACAUAGCAGACCCUUCACAUGACAGUAGGCUGUCCAUCAGCUGCUUGUUACUUUAACAUUUAUCACCAGGAUCAUGCCAUUAUGACAGUCUGGUGACUUGAGAUUAUGGCACAUGCAGAAGCUGUGGGCAAGGUUUGAGAAGAAUGGGUUGGUCAGUUGCCCUCUGCCCCCAAGUAAUCCUGAAGUGUUUGCAUCAGGCUAUUUGCAUACAAGGAAUAAAAUACUGCUAUUUAUAUUGAGAUUUCUCAAAAGGACUUCACAGUCACAUAACAUUACCUUAGUGACCCUACCUUAAGAUAUGCUAGUAUAUUUACGUCCACAUUGCAGAUCAUGGUCUGAGAUAGAGAAAUAGCAUUUUGCUCAUGGCUACUAACAGAAUCAGUGGCUUAGUGGAAAUUUGAACCAAGGAUGGUUUUUUUCACAGCUAAUGUUCUUGCUAGCAAUCAGUGUGCCAACUGCUUGAUGUUUUAUGUUCAUGUUUUCAUCCAUGAUUAUUGAAGUACCUCACAGAAAUGCACGCAAAUGCUGCUUUGAAGUCAGAAGUGUUUCAUACAACUGCCACGAACUCUAUGGCAGUCCUAAGCGUGAGGUGCAUUGUUAAACUGUGUGUUGCUUCUAGGUACUGCACAGUUGCUCAGAUCUCAGCCAAGUAAUCCGAAUGCUUUCCAUUUGCUUCUCUUUGCAGCGGCUGUGAUUCUGAGUAAUCUAUGUUUAUUACUCAUCUUUCUGUCGUCCAUUAGAAUAUGAAUUUCAUGAAGCUGUGGCUGAAGUGCGAUAGACUGGCCGUUGUUCAGUGAACGGAGCAAUUAAAAAUGAAAGAAAACCCCCUUCAAGUACUUGCAAAGCCAUUUUUUCCCUGAGAGCUAUUUGGGUCUCCUUUUAAUGAGACGUGCUCUGACUCACUGCUGAGAAUGUUGUAGAUUGCAUUGUGCUCUGGACCUGAAUAAGUAACUUUUUGCAUUCAGUUGGUAUUAAUAAGCAACUGCAACCAACUUCUCUUUAUGCUUUAGAAAAAAAACUGCACCUCUGCAUUUCUUUCCCCUACAACAGAACUUUCCAAACUGUGUGUCACAACAUGUUAGUGUGUAGGUUUGUCAUGUGAAUGCUCCCCAAGCUCCUCCUGGGUCUGGAAAGGGGCUAGUUUAACCUUGGGUUUGCUAGUAAAACUGAACUACUGUGUCGCAGUAUGUUUAAAAAGUGUGUCACCAACACGAAAGUUUAGAAAGCUUGGCCCUACAGAAACCCCAUAUGAAAGUUGAUGGAACUUCAGAUAUGAUAUUUGCAUGUUUGUAAGCAAAAGGUACUGUACAGUAUCCAUUUAUUGGAACUUCGAAUUUCCAGCAUAAUAAUUAAACAACACUUCUGAUUGUUUUCCAGCCUAGUUGAUUCAUGGGAAAGUGAUAUGGGAGUACAUUCUCUAACAUUUCCAUCAAAAACCUGCUUGGAAUUGCUGCUGAUACUGUCUCAGAGUAAUGCUUCGCUGCCACCUUCCCUUCGCUGGAUGAAUUCUUUCCAGGUAAAGAAAUGA